AUGAUCUCUACUUCCAGUGUCGCCGGUCCCGGGUUUGGAAGUGGCUCAUCGCGUGAGGACGCAGUUCGGGCGCUGCUCGGUGCUGGCGUUCAAGCUGUAAUCGCGAAGAGCUUCGCCUUUAUCUACGAGCGGAAUCAGCUCAACGUGGGCCUGUUUAGCGCAAUCGUGGUGGCCGAUGAUUUCUACACGCAUGCUCAAGAGGGACGCACUAUCACCAUUGACCGAGCUGCCAAAAUGAUCACGCUGGAAGGUUGCCCCAAGCCUUUUACUUAUGAGCACUCGGCAGUUGAAGAGGCGCUGCUUGAUGCGGGCGGUAUCGUACCCAUGUACGAACUUCAUGGACGGGGUUUGUUCGAUGCCCUGACGUCGCCGAACGUCAGCCGGGAGACAAGGCCGCACGGGCUCGAGACCAAUCCAUUCGAACCGGAAAGCAAAGGGCGUGGGCUUGAGUGGUGA